AUGAGCCUUGCCAUUCCAACCCCACAGGCUAUCAACACUCGUCACAAAGCACCGAACAACAAGGAGGAGACAGUUAAAAUUAAACGUCUACUUCCUGGCGAGUACGCAAAAGCUGUAGCUGGGUAUUCAACUCUGGGUACCGGUGCUGAAUACACUCCCCAGUCAAGACAAGGCGACGAUGGAUUUGUUACACUGUACGAUUUGGGGAACGUCCCGGUCAUGCAACCAUCAUCGCCGCCGCAUCAUCCUAGUUCUUCUGACGGAGAAGGCGAUGAAACAUCAGACGAAAAACGCCAUCAAGCUCUAGUGCCCGAGAAGUUUCAAGAUGCAGACAGCUUCUAUCGUUUCAACUUGGAGAAGCCUCCGCAGAGCUGCAUCAUAUUCUUACGGGGCUUUAUGACAGCGCAAUGGAUCAACAACAUUGGAGCCCGUUAUUUUGUUGAUCCGGAAUUCUUCUGUCGUCAUCUGGACUUUAGCCCUGUUAACGAUACUGCAAGCAACUUUUCAAUUCCCGCACUCCCAUCCUCGUCAGGUCACCUAAUAGAACUACCGUCUCAAAACUAG